AUGCGCAACCGGUUGUGUUGGGAUGCGCUGCGGUCGGGGAGCGAAGGCCGCGGACGAGCUCUGCCGAGUCGAGGACCGGAGCCUCGAUGGCCGCUAAUGAUGUCGCCGCCUGAACCGCUCCUAAUUGGUCGAAACGGCGACCCUACAUCAUCAGGAAAAAACGACCUCGUCAGAACUAAAGCCGUGAAUGGGAUACAUCAUUAUAUAGUAUACGUUGGCCAUCGAUGCGGCUUAACUAAUGAAGAUUUAAAUCGACGCUGGUGCAAGCCGAGCCCCGUUUUGCAUCCUUCUAUUUACCAUACCAAGGGGUUAAUAGAAUAUUUGGUGCGUGUUUGGAAGAAGCCUCCUGUAGUUUAUUGCGACUACCACGGUCACUCUCGCAAGAAGAACGUGUUCUUUUACGGAUGCGCCGGCGCGGAGAGCUGGUGCAGCAACGACCGGCUUGUCCCGGACGAGCCUGUUAAAUAUCUUAUGCUUCCAGCGUUAAUGCACCGGCUAUCACCAGCGUUCGCUCUUGGUUCGUGUUCCUUUCGUGUAGAGCGUGAGCGUGAGAGCACAGCGCGCGUCACCGUGUGGCGCCAUCUAGGAGUCACACGCUCCUACACUAUGGAAGCAUCAUUUUGUGGAUUUGAUAGGGGACCUUUUAAAGGAUUUCAUCUCAACACCCAGCAUCUGCAGAGCGUGGGCAGUGACUUUUGCGAAGCCCUCAACGGUCUCGGAGAUACAACCAACAAUGUUGACAUACAACUCACUAAAGAUCUCAAUGGCGAAGUUGCAAUAGACAGUGAAGCUGGCUCGGCGUCCGAUAGCGUGUUGAAAACAGAUUCGGAUGAAGAUUUUGAUUAG